AUGCCUCUCGUCCUCUCCCGCGCCCCCCUGACCGACAUCCCCGAAAUGAUCGGCGUCGAGCUCAAAGCCUUCCGCGCCUCAGGCUACGCCGCCCACGCCGCGCUUUUCGGGCCCUGCAACACGCCCGAGCUGCGCAAAGCCGCCGAGGAGCGCGUCCUCAAGGGCCGGACCGCCAAUCCCACGAUCCUACAGCUGAAAAUCACCGACACGGAUACUGGGAAAAUAGUAGCGGUGGGUGUAUGGGGUAUCGUGGUGAAUUGGGUAGAUGCACCGCAAGGACCCAAGCAUUGGGCCACCGCGCCGUACUACGCGGAAGGGAGUGUGGAACGGGAAUGCGCGGAGGCGAUUUUGGAGGAUUUUGUGGCGCGGAGGGAGAGGUAUACGCAUGGACAUGCGCACAUGAUUCUACAUGACUUGAAUACGGAUCCGGACUACGAGCGGAGAGGAUGUGCGAGCAUGCUCAUCAAGUACGGGCUAGAGAUUGCGGAUAGGCUGUUCAUUCCGGUCUGGGUUGAAUCGUCGCCGAUGGCGCUUCCGCUGUAUCAACGACAUGGCUUUGAGAUUGUGGAGGAGGUGAAUUUUCCGACGGAGAAGUGGAGGCAUGAGUAUACGGUGACGUUGAGGAAACCACAGCUAAGCGUGCCGCUUCAGACUUGA